UCGAUCUAAGUCCAUUGUGAACUGUAUUGAAAUGAUUUACCGAAUUUAAGUGUAAUCGGAAAUGCAAGGUAUCCGGCCGUCCCAAAGCCCUGUACAUAGUUAAUUUAUUAAUCUAAAAAUAGCGACCAAAGGAAGGGAAGCAUACUUUAUGACAUUAUCAUUCGUUAGGCCGACAAACCGAUUUUCGCACUUUGGCGAAUCAAGAGCUGCCGAGAGCUAAUGACGGAAAUGACGGAAUGAUUCUCCCCCACACUGUGCCGCGUCGCAAUGAAUCGCGUAUUUCACUUCGAUUAAAAAUGUUCGGAAAUUUUCUCUUCACGUUUCAAGGUGUUAUGUCACAUCGGACGUGUUUUUUUCUUUAUAUUAAUCAAUGAUAUCACCGCCUUUAAAGUAUUCAAAGUAUUCCCUUCGACUUCCGCGCCACUUCUUCUAACUACACGGCGAUCUUCGUUCCUGUAUAGUGACUCUUCUCUUAAUCCGUGUUCCUACUAGAUAGCCCUAUCGUCUGUGCCCUUUAUUUUUAACUUCUUUGCAGCGAUGAUUCAAAGAAGUGUGAAGUGUCACCGCCCUACUAGUUGUUGGUUCGUCUUUGCUCGCGUGUGAUUAGAUAGAAGCGAUCCAGAGAAAAUUCAAGAGAGGACAACAUGGGGCUAAAGGAUUUCAAAAUCGUUUUUGAUAACCCAUGGAACACUUACUAUGGAGGUCAGACGGUUACGGGCCGUAUUGUUGUAGUUUUGGAUAGUCCAAAAAGAAUCCGCAAUAUACAUGUGAAGAUAGUUGGGCAAGCCAAUACUUGCUGGUCGUCGGAUAAACAAGAGCAGAAUAAUGAAGGAAGGUACGAAAACGAGACGCAAACGGUUUCUGCUCACGAAGAGUAUUUCAGUAUGAAGUACUAUGUAGUUGGAUCAGCUUCUGAUAGUGAAAUCGAUUUGCCCAUUGGAGAACACGUGUAUCCUUUUACGUGCUCUCUUCCUGUAAACAUACCUAGCAGUUUCGAGUCCCAUUAUGGUCACAUACGAUAUACGGUUAAGGCUAUUAUGGACCGUCCUUGGAAGUUUGAUCAUGAAGUCAAGACUGCUUUCACAGUUAUCUCCAUGCUUAAUUUAAACGAAGAACCCGGAGCUGCAGAACCUGUGCAAAUAGAGCUGAGUAAAACAUUUUGCUGCUUAUGCUGUGGCACGGCUCCUUUAAAUGUAAAUGUAUCCUUGCCAGUGCGUGGGUACGUACCGGGACAAUCUAUCCCUGUCAAAGUCAACGUUGAGAAUUUCUCUGGUGUAACAGUAGAUAGUAUAAACCUCAUUCUUCGUAAGAUAAUUACAUUUCAUGCUAAUUCUCCACGUUCAGAAACAAAGAAGGAUAAAAUAGUAGUAACGCAAGUGAGCAAAGGCCCUGUUGAAGGAGGUGGAACUGCAGAUUAUGUGCAGAACCUUGACAUUCCGCCUGUUCCACCUUCCAAUUUAAAAUACUGCGGUAUAAUUGAUUUAGUGUAUAAUCUGAAAAUUGAAGCACAUGUUUCUGGAUGGUACCAUCUUAAUUUAAAAGGCAGCACUCUAAUCUAUAUUGGGACAGUCCCAUUAAUAAACUAUCAAACUCCAAUCGCUCCUCCAAUAGAAGAUUACCCAACUAAACCAACAGACUAUCCACCGGAACAACCUGUGUUACCAAGUGCACCACCAGCACCAUCUACAAAUCUAUAUCCUGAAUUACCUCCACCAUCUUAUGAGGAGUCAAUGUAUGGUGCAAAAAGCCUUAGAGACCGAAAUGAAUCUGAACACAUGUUAGGAAUUAUGAGUCAUUUCGCUCCUAGGUAUCCUGUGUAUAAAUUUACACCCCCGCAGUAAUGUAUUCAGAUCCGCAUUUUAUUAUUUUUCACAUGGGAGCAAACAUUGUAUGUAGAAGUACGUGUUGCUAAAGUUGCCUUGCUCAACCUUGAUGUAUUCCCUGUACUCCAGGAAUGUACUGCAUUUUUAGCAGCAAAGGUUUAUGUCUUUCACGAUAUAGUAGUUUAAAAUUCUAUAAUUUUGAUAACAUGUAAUGUGGUUUUUUUAUGAAGCUUUCAUAAGGCUUUUACUAACAAAAUAAAGUGUCAUGCGAGAAUGA